AUGGCGUUUUUUGACGCACUCAAAGAGCGGGCCGUGCUGACUAUCAACCAGGUGUUCGAUAAGGGCAACGAUUCCGGCCUUUCCAAGGCUCAAUUAUUUUGUAUUGAACACAGAAUUCCUGACGACGAAACCGUCAUUGAUGAACUGGCUGCUGAGGUCGGAGUUUAUUCCGAAUAUAAUAAGGAUGCUUAUAAAGAAAAGAUGGGGGUUUCGCAGGGCCGAAUAUUUCUCACCCAGAGGUUUUUGAUUUUCAGUGAUGCUUACGACAAGAGAAAUUGUUCAUUUACCAUUCAUCUUUCAACAAUUAAAAAAGUAGAACGGGUUCCUACCACAGAUUAUGCUUUUGCACUUGCAAUUGGAACACACAGCCGUAUCAAGCUUUCGUUUUUUCUUGUGGGAAUGCGUUCCGAAAGCGAAAAGUUUGCCCAUAACCUAAAAUUGGCAUUGCGAGCAAAUCUCAAAAAUAUAGCCAAACUUCAGCCUUUUAUUCAGACAUGUUACUCGGAAUAUUUGCUCGCAAAAAACAAGGUAUCGUCCGAGAAAGUCGACGAGAUUCCAUCUGGCGGAUUGGGCUUGGAAUUUAAGUUUCCAGGAAACGCUAAAGAGCUUCGUGACAAGUCCAAGAUGAAACUUUGGUUCGAUCUUUUUAAAGCAGACGGCCGCAACUUGUCCAUUGUAAAGACUCCCAUGUUUCACCGGUUGGUCAGAGUGGGUUUACCAAAUCGGUUGAGAGGUGAGAUCUGGGAAUUGUGCUGUGGCUCGAUGUAUCUCAGACUUGAGAAUGUGGGAUUAUAUCAACAACUUCUUGAUGAGAACAAGGAGAAGAACUCCCUCGCAAUAGAGGAAAUAGAAAAGGACUUGAAUCGGUCUUUGCCAGAAUACGCAGCCUACCAGUCUCCAGAAGGAAUCGAAAGAUUGCGCAAUGUUUUAACAGCUUAUUCAUGGAAGAACCCUGAAGUUGGCUACUGCCAAGCUAUGAAUAUUGUCACCGCUGCCCUCCUCAUAUACAUGUCUGAAGAACAGGCUUUCUGGUGCUUGCAUAUGAUUUGUGAUAGAAUUGUUCCAGGUUACUACUCCAAAACCAUGUAUGGAACAUUGUUGGACCAGAGAGUUUUUGAGUCUUUGGUGCAAGAUACUAUGCCUAUGCUUUGGGAACAUAUCACCAAGUAUGAUAUACAGCUUUCUGUGGUAUCUUUGCCUUGGUUUCUUUCCCUCUUUUUGAGCUCGAUGCCUCUAGUUUACGCUUUCAGAAUCUUGGAUGUGUUCUUCCUUCAAGGUCCUAAAACGCUUUUCCAGGUUGCAUUAGCUAUUCUCAAGUUGAAUGGUGAAGAAUUGCUUAAAGUUGAAGACGAUGGCUCGUUCAUCUCCUUGAUAAAAGACUACUUUCACAGCCUCGAGCAAUCGGCUCAUCCAAAUUCUCCAAACCAAAAGUACCGAACUAUCACCAAGUUUCAAGAGCUUUUGGUGACAGCGUUCAAAGAGUUCUCUGUUAUCAACGAAGCCGUUUUGAACAAGCAUCGCGUCAAGCACCGGAACACAAUUUUCCUGAAUAUCUCCACCUUCGUGAAACGGACAGAGUUGAGAAAUUUGCCCAAAGUCAAAAACAUAGACCAGCCCACACUUGGAAACAUAUAUGAUCGCUACUAUUCGAUUGUUGAAUCCAAUGUCACAGUGGGUAGUGGAUCCAGUGUGAUGGACUUUGAAGGGUUUAGAAUUUUCAUGUCUCAAAUAUGUACCUGGGUGAACGAAAAUGACGACAAUCCCUUCCUUCGGAGAUUGAUGAACCAUUGGGAUUCUGAGGGGCAGAAAGCGUUGACGUUGUCAGACUUGGUGGUGGGAUUGAACAAGCUAAUUGAGCCGGACCUCAUGGAAGCAAUGUCCAAUUUCUUCAGCUUGUAUGACGAUAAAAAGAACGGCAAGUUGGAUCGAGAGCAUAUACUACAAGUUUCUGAAGACUUAUUGUAUAUCACAACUCCGUGGAAGGAUGCUUGGGAAUUGGACAGGAUAACUGAAGAUGCCAUUGAAAAUGCCAUUGCCGACGAAAUUGUGAAGAGAAAAGCUGAGAAAGGUGAGAAAUCCGGUGACAUAGAAAUCUCAUCUGAGAUUGAAAUUGACAAGCCCAAGUUGGAAAACCAACAAAUUGAGAGAUACUUGUCUGCUGCAAGUACAUUUAUACAGCGUGCAUUUGAAUAUGCCCAGCCAGAAGAGGAAGAAGCGCUCAUAAAAGAGCUUGCGGUUGAUAAUAAAAUCUCACACAAUGCUGCUUUGGAUCCUAGUACGCCCACAUAUCUCAAUUUACCCACCUUCAGAAUGGUGGUGUUGGCUGAUGAAACAUACGAGUUACUUUUCAGCAACACUUUGAGGAAUUCAAUUCGUCCAGAGAAGCCAUUAGACGAGAAAUUCGAUACUAUGAGAAACUUGAAAGACAUGUUUGAUGGAUUGUUAGCCGAUGGUCGAAAGGUUGCGAAUAAGGUGAGGAAGAGAAUGGACUCUGCAGCAUCAAGUGCAAUCAAUAAUCAGAACCAAUCGCUGAACCACCAAAGCGAAUCCUCUUCAUUGAAAUCAGGCAAAUCCAAGAUUCAAGAGGAGGACGAAGAAAGAGAUGAUGAUUUCGGAGUUAUAUCGAUUGACGAAAAAGAUAAGGAUCUCUUGUUGGGAGCAGAAAGUCAUGUUGUUAUCAACACGCCAGACCAGGCCACAGCGGUACCUAAAACCCAAUCGAGUGCAAGUACUAGUACGACCAAGGAUGGUGAAAAACAACCAGAUGGAAAUCUUAUUGAAUUUGAAACUUAA